GAAAAGCCGCGUCCCGCCCCCGUCUCUCUGACGCUCUCCUGGCACGGAUCAGAACGACUUGUUUUGACAUGUGCUCAACCCACUGAGGUAUCGAAGCAGGGAUAAGCGCUUGUAGAGCAGACUCUGGCUCCACUCCGGGUCGUGGGGCUCGUAGACCGGACUCUGGUCCACUCCGGGUCGGGGAGGCGGACCCCACGUGGACCCCGCGGCACCAGUGACGUUGACGGAGCGGCGGUGUGUGUGUUGCUGUGCUGCCGUGCUCAAGUCGGUGCACAGUGGGACCUAUUUCACCAUGAGCGACUACUUCAGCCUCUCCGACUGCGACGUGAUCGGCUUCGACCUCGACCACACGCUGUGUCGGUACCACCUGAAGGAGACCUCCAGGCUGAUCUACGAGAGCUUCGCCAGGUAUCUGGUGGAUCACAAGGGCUAUGACCCCGACCUGCUCCUCCUCACCCCGGCCACCUGGGACUUCUGUUUCAAAGGCCUGGUGGUGGACCUUGAGGAUGGAAACCUGGUGAAGCUAGCCGCAGAUGGAACCGUCCUACGAGCGACGCACGGAACCAGGGACCUGACGGAGGCGGAGAUCCUGCAGCACUACGGCCCCCAGAGGCAGUGGAAGCACUUCCACAGCCUCAACACCUCCUUCACCCGCUCAGCACAUUACUAUUUCUACGACAACUACUUCGACCUCCCCGGGGCGCUGCUGUGUGGUCGGGUGGUGGACAUGUUGAACAAGCGGGGCGAGGAGGUGAACGCAGAGUUCUGGAAGGACAUGGUGGCGGCCAUCGACCACAACUACAACACAUCAGCCUUUAAAGAGGACGCCGGGACCUACUUCCCCAGCGUGAAGCGAGACCCUGGGCGCUACCUGCAGCCCUGCUCCGAGGAGGUGAAGGCGUGGCUGCGCAGCAUGAAGGAGGCCGGGAAGGUCCUGCUGCUCAUCACCAGCUCCCACAGCGACUACUGCCGGCUCAUCUGUGAACACGUCCUGGGGAAGGACUACGAGGAUCUGUUCGACAUCAUCAUCACCAACGCGCUGAAGCCCGGGUUCUUCUCCCUGGUUCCCCACCAGCGUCCCUUCAGAACCCUCGUGGACGACGUGGAGGAGAGCGAGGGCCUGCAGGCGCUCGACAAACCCGGCUGGUACUCCCAGGGGAACUGGCCUCACCUCCACCAGCUCCUCAAGACCAUGACGGGCAAGCCGGAGCCCAAGGUGGUGUAUUUCGGAGACAGCAUGCGCUCCGACAUGUUCCCCGCCUCCAGCUUCGGGCGCUGGGAGACGGUGAUGGUGGUGGAGGAAAUGGAGGGCGAGGGCGUGCCCACCAGCGCCGCCGCCAGGGCUAACCAGGCCCAGGCCCAGACCCAGGACCAGGACCAGGACCAGGACCAGGACCAGGCCCAGACCCAGGCCCAGACCCAGGCCCAGGACCAGGCCCAGGACCAGGCCCAGGACCAGACCCAGGACCAGGCCCAGGCCCAGACCCAGACCCAGGACCAGGACAAGGACCAGGACCAGGACCAGGAGACCAAGGCCAAGUUCGAGGACCAGGGCAUGAAGGCCCCCUCGGACUCCUCCCGGCAGUGGGGGUCCUACUUCAUGGACGCCCAUAAGAGCUCCGGAGAGGCAGGAGUGGAGAAGGAGGAGCAGGAUCAGAAGCUGACCUGGUGCUGCCACAGCAUCCAUAAGUACAGCACCAUGGCCAUCCCCAGCGUGGAGCACAUCGCCGGUCUUCCCCUGGACUACAAGUUCCCUCGCUUCUCCCCCGACCGGCCCCCCACCAGCGGCUACUACCCUCGGCCCCCCGACUCCCUGCAGGGCGGACGGAGCCGGGACGCGUCAUGAGGAACCACCCCACCCCAAUUACCUCCACCUCCUCCACCACCACCUCCUCCAUCCCCCCACCACCGACGACACUACCACCACCUCCUCCUCCUCCUCCACCACCGACGACACUACCACCACCUCCUCCUCCUCCACCACCGACGACACUACCACCACCUCCUCCUCCUCCACCUCCUCCACCUUCAUCAACGUCAUCACAUGUGCCUCCACACCCCUCACCCCUGACCCCUCCCACCCCCAGAGCCAACAUAAACACAAACACACACACACACACACACACACACACACACACACACACACACACACACACACACACACACACACACACACACACACACACACACACACACACACACACACACACUCUCUAUGGUCCACUCUGCAGCAGCAGUUAUUGUGCUGCAGAGGAAUGUGAAUGUAGUCCUCCGUGUCCUCUGAACGUCGUGGCGUAGUCUUAAUGUGUACCGUACAUGUGGAAAUACCACUCGUCAAAAUAAGUGCGUGUGAAGUAGUGAGUCAGCAGCUCAGCAGCUAGUUCUAAAAGACGCAUAGCGCUCCCUAAUCUUAUUGUGAAGGGCACAUUUAUAAAUACCAAUGCACCAGUUAUUGAUCAGCAGAGCUUUUCUAGGAACAUAAGAAUGCUGAUGCUUACCACAAUAAAAGUCCUACUUCUCUUUCCUUUUUCCUUCCUGAAUAUGAUUUAUCAAACCUCGGGUAAAAAAAUUAUUUGUGUGCCACUCAGUGUUAUUAUUACACCACUUAUUAGUUUAGUUUCUGUUUCAUCAUAUAUGUGUAUUUUAGUAACUGGGAUAUAAUAUUAAAGUUGGAUGUUUUCCUGUUGCCAGUAUUUUGUGAAGUUGUUAAUCGGGACAUUGUUCGUAAAGAAAUGAAUGAGUCAAAUCCUAUCUCUCCCGUGCUGUGUGUGUCAAAAACCAUACCAGGAUCCAGAACCAUGAGGUGAAUAUUCCUCAUGCUUGAUGUUCUCAUCAUAUUUUCCGUGAAAUGUGUUGGAGUGAAAUGCGAGUCCUCUCCUUUCCUUCGGAGUGACGCUGCGAGAUGCUAUAGCUGAGUCUCGAGCGCUCGUGCGGCUGGUUUGCGUCAUUUGUGCCAUAAUGUGUGUUUAAGGUGAGCUCCUGGUAAAGGGGGGGGGGCCGGCCAGAGUGAUGCUGCUGUAGCACUCGGGUCCCCCUGAAGGGUCCCGCAGCGCGUUAGCUAUACGGGGGCAUCGUGUGGUCUCCAGGGGCCGGAGGAACACGGCGAGUUGUGUUGAUGUUCUGGCAAUAAAAUAUAACUGGGAUUUUU